UUAAAAAACCAUUCAAAACCGGAAACCAGCCCAGAUCCCCAGAUCCAGCUCCAGACCCAGAUCCAUCGACUCCGGCCAGAUGAGCAGCGGUAUGAGGUCGCAGGACGGUCCGCGGGCGAAGGUCAAUGCCGCCAGCACGCUGCUCACCCAGGAGGAAAACGAAGCCGUCUUCAGGCUGCUGGGCAAGAAGUGUCAGACGCUGAACACCGCCGUGGUGCAGAUCUACAAGACGGAGGGCAGUGCCCAUGCCCACUGGAAGAAGCGGUACACAGGAGUCGUCUGCUUCGUGAAGGAUAGCGCCAUACGAUCCUACUUCAUGCGAGCCUACUGCCUGAUCAAGAACGAGCUUAUCUGGGAGCACGAGAUCUACGAUGGCAUGCAGGUGGUCAAGUCAAGGCCUUUCCUCCUUACCUUCGAGGGCAGUGAUGGUCAUGUGGGACUUAACUUUGUUUCCGAAGAGGAAUGCGACUCAUUCUUUCGGAUUGUGGACGCCACCAUUGAGACACGCAACCGGAAGCGGCAGGACAAGCGCAACCGGCAGAAGAGCCAGCAGGCGCCCAAUGCUCCACUGCCUCCGGUGCAGCGGGAGCCGGCCAGGCCACCGCCCAUGCAGGGCAGCUUGACCGCCACGGAUGGCGUUCAGUUGCGUAACAACAAGAUCAACUCGGUGACCCUGACGCCGGCGCCAGCGCAAUCGAAGAACUUGUCCAGCAGCUUUGGGAUGGGAAACCAGGCGAAGGACAAGAAGCGCAAGGUGACCAAGGCGGACAUCAGCCAGCCGACGAACUUCGUGCACAUUAGCCACGUGGGCUGGGAUGCGAACAAGGGAUUCGAUCUGACGGGCAACGAGAAUGACCAGGUGCUGAACGAGUUCUUCCUCAAGGCCGGUGUGUCCGAGUCGGAACUAAAGGAUCGGGACACUCGCGCCUUUAUCUACGAUUUUAUACAGAGCAACAAUGUCCUGGCAUCGGUGAAACAGGAUAGUGUGGAAUCCCCAACAGAAACAACGCCUCCCAUGCCGCCACCGGUGCCAACCCGUCAUCCUUCUAAUGGCAACCAAAGAACUGCACCACCGCCGCCGGCGAGACAGCCACCGCCACCAGUGCCCGUCACGGUACCGGGCGCCGCGCGAGCUCCUCCACCACCUAGCAGGCCACCACCCAUCAGCACCGCACCACCGCCGCCGCCAGUCAGUGCGCCCGUCGUAGCGCCCCCACCACCACCACCGCCACCUCCAGUAGCAGCGGUGCCGCCGCCACCGCCUCCGCCCAUGCCAGUGGGAGAGCUCCCCGUCAUCACGACCACGCACGCACCCAAUCAAGCAGCCCGGCCAGCAGCUCCCGCCGCUCCGGCGGCUCCAGAUCCACGCAAUGCACUCAUGGACGCCAUACGCAAGGGAACCCAACUGAAGAAAGUGGACACGGCUGCUCUCAGCACCGGCAGCGGCGAUUCUCGCAGCGAUUUAAUGAAGGACAUCCGCCAGGGCACCGUUUUGAAGCCGGCCAAGGAACGAGAACUAGGCAGCCAGCGGAAUAGCGACAACGGCGGCGGUACCGACGCCCUGGCCGAUGCACUGCGUCGGGCGCUGGCGGCACGCGGCAACGCCAUUCACUCGGACGAGGACGAGACCGAGUCGUCGGACAACGAGGGCGAAUGGGACUAAGGGAGCUACGGAUGACACGAUGCGAUAGGGGCAGGCAGACACUAUUCCAAAUAUAAGCAAUAAUUUAAUUCGUGCUUUGGCAUUUUGGUUUAUCGUUAGAUAAAUCCCUGUAAAUACUGUUAGUGAAUUUUCAUACCUCUUUAAUUUAAUUGUAUGAGUUUAACAAACGCAAAAAGUACUAAAGGAUAAUCACAAAAUGAGAAAUUUUAUCAGCAAUUGCCCUCUUACGUUUGUUUCGCAUCACAUUUGCAUGCAUAUCCAUAAAGCUGCUCAAUUAAACAUGAACGAUACACAUUCAAUAAUAUAUAUGUGGGUGAAUUUUGCAAACCCCGUUCAGACUACUGUGCCAAAAACUUGAGAACACCAAAAUGUAAAACGAGUUUGUGAAAAACUAGAAAUUCACCUUGUCUGCGAACUGAAAAACUGUAAACUGAGCGAUAGAAAUUUAUUAUAGUGAAUAUAUUUUAUAAAUCUAUAACAAAGGAAAGGAUCAAAGGAAAAAUAAACUGUGACUACGCUUAAUAAAGCCACAGUUGAGAAUUAUUAAAAUACCAUAUUUAAACUAAUAGAUUUGCCCGCAAUUAACCAUAUACUAAAUUUACAAGUUUGCUCAGUAAUAAUUCACUACUUGUUGAAAUAAUAAUUAACUAAUGAAAUAUGUGUGGCUAAACCAAUCAAAUAGGCGAUGUAUCCAAUUCAUUUUGACCACCAGGCUUCCUCGGGAUCAUAUGGGUCCGCUAAAGCCGUUUAUUACAUCCAGUUACACCCAGUCGAUUUAUCAAUCGAUUAGUAACUCAUAAGUAUUUUCUUUUUAGUUCGAGUGCAUUUAAUGCAAACUUGUAGUCAUUUUUCUUCUGUGUGUUUGUAUUUAAAUCAAGAUUACGUAUUUGUAUGUUUUUUCGUGACAUUUUCGAAACUACUAAACCCAAUAAGCUUGUCAGAGCGAGAAAUUUAUGUGGAUCAGAUUUUGGAUUAAUAUGUACGCAUGUCUAAAGAGUUUUGUGCGAUUUAUGUAUUUAAAUACAUAUUACUUACAUAUGCUAAUAUAUAAGCCAUUAAUUUAUGUAAUAAAGUUGUGUAUAUCUAACUUAAAA